CAUCCACAUCAACCAGUUUCCAGGCGCAUGACCACAAUGUCUGAUUCCGAAGAAGGCGGUGUCCCGCUCAUUGAGCCUGAGUUCGAUCUGGGCGUGCAGUCAAAGAAGCGGAAGAGAGUAGACGGAGAUGAAGCGGAGUUGACCCCAGAGGCGAAGAAGGCAAUUAAGAAGGCGAAAAGAAAGGAAAAGAGGAAGGCCAAGGCCAAGGCGAUCAACGAGGAUGAUUUGGAUCAAGAGCUGGGUGUAAAUCAUGCGUUUGAGCGCAUGGAUGGUCAGUUGUUGGCGGAUUAUGUCAACGCGAGGACGAGGCAUUAUGGGAAGGAUUUGAGUACUGUGGAGCUGGAGGAGAAAUUUCUGCCGGCGCAUUGCAUAAAAGACACCAGCAGUUGGACGGAACCGCGGACGCUGGAGAAGCUUGCUGCUUUCCUCAAAUCCCAGAGCAAAGAUUUAAAACCUACAGCAAAGAGUCCUACCGGUGCACCCCACACGCUGGUUGUUACAGCAUCAGGCAUCCGAGCGGCGGAUACGUACAGAGCACUCAAAGCCGGGCUUCCGAAGGAAGGAGUCAAAGACGUCAAUAUCGCGAAGCUGUUUGCAAAGCACAUGAAGCUGGCAGAGCAGGUAGCGCACUUGAAGAAACACAAAAUCGACUUUGGGGUUGGGACACCUGAGCGGCUUUGCGCUCUGCUGGAUGAGAGGGCGCUAUCCACGGCGAAUCUGAAGCGCGUAGUGAUCGAUGUGUCUUACAUCGACCAGAAGAAGCGUGGCAUUCUGGAUAUGAAAGAGCUGCACGAACCGCUCGUCAAGCUGCUGCUGCGCAAGGAGUUCCUGGGGGAGGAUAAACAAGGUGGGAGUCAGCUGUUCCUGUUCUUCUAAGGGGAGCAGGCUGGCAGGUAGUGUAGAAGUGAAUGAGAGAGCUAAAUGAUACCCAACAGUCCAUAUCUCUAUUACAGAUUACCAUGGCAAUACAUACACGGC